CGAUGGACUUUAAUGAUUUGGAGCACCUAGCGGACGUGCUUCUCGUGGAAUGUGAAGCAGAUUUUGAACCGUCUUUCUAUCGCCAAGCAGAGGCCAUCUACCAACGGGAAUCAACCAUUUACAACAACAUCGAUUCGAUCUCGGCCCUCCAGCGCCGUUUGGAUGGAGUUCAACGUGAUCAAUCAGAGCUGGAAGGUUCGGUUUGGCUUAUCGCAGAAAAGUUAGUUGAAUUGGAACUAUCAAUCACCGAACAGGAGCAGUGCGCCCAGGAAGUAACAUGGCCAUGCCGAGCAAGGGCAUGGCCAUUUGCAACGUCGUCGUCGCAGCAGGCAAGUGCGGAAAGAAACAAGAUCUAUCGAACCCUGCUGGAGGUGGCAUCACGGAUGGACGAUCCGGACCGAGAAUGGCCUCCGGUCGCCGGCCAAUUGAAGGUUAUAAUUGGUGAUCAUCGUCGAUGCUACGAUAAGCAUUUUCCAGUUAUCGGCGUCCUUGCUUGCCACACCGAAACCUUGGUGGCCGUUGAAAAGCAGCUGGAUGCAAUCAAUGACCUGCUGGCUGCAAAUGAAAAGCUUUUUCGAGAAUUCUGUCCCCGUACCGAAGAACAUUGUAGGCCAGGUAACUUUUGCUACAAUCUGAUGACUGACAUGUAA